CAAUAUGGCGGUUGUUUUUGUGCAUGCCUGGAGAGGUUAACAGCGAUUAAAGACGUUAGAAAAAGCUUAAAAUCUCAGAAAAGAGCCUUUUGAACAACAAAAGCCUUAAAAGAUGGCCAAUGAAGAAGAUGCCGCAAGUAUCAGACCGCCAGAACCGGUUACAAUUGUCGUGGUUCGAUGCAAAAAUCUGAAAGGGUCUAAAGGUGAUUCCUUGAAUUCCUUGGUGAGGCUUGAGUUUGGUGCUAAUCUGCUUGGAGAAUCUCCAAAAGUUGAAGCAAACACAGAGACCCAUAGCACAGAAUACAACUUUAAUGCAUCAUUUGACUGUACAUUUGAAGAUGCUACUUUUCUGGACUCUAUAGCAUAUAAGCCUGUGAUAGUUACUGUUGUUGAGGUUCUUCCUAAAGACAAGAAGGGAAAGGAAGAAAAAAUAAAUAUUUUGGGCCAAUCCUGUAUUGAUUUGCUGCCACUUCUUCAUGGAGAGACCAAAUUCAGUGUUAUCCAGUAUGUCCAUCCUGUCACUGUUCCAACUGAACCAGCCACAACUGAACAUAUUUUGCCUGAAAUUGAAGUGCAAGUUUCUGUAGCACAACCUCUUCUUACAGAAACACAGCUCCAUAACAGCAAUUUAUUGAGUGUCCAUCUGGACAGUGCAUUCUCUGUACCAGACUCCUGGCAGAUUCAGAUGGCUCAGCAGUUUAACUACACUGCCAGCUUGCCUGUUCCAAUAUCCACUGAGAAAGAGAGUACAAUAGUGUUAUCCAACGGACUGCUUCGUGCACCAGGCGAAAAGGAAACUACAAAUCAUCGGAAGUGGUCCGCUGCUCCGAGUGCCUCUGGCUCCUGUCUAUACAUUACUGACAGUAACAUCGAAAUUUUGCCGUUCGAGGACGAAGAUGGUGAUCUCAGAGAUAGAGAAGAUAUCGGUUUUCGUCAGGAAGCUAUGAAUGAGAAAAAUCACGUUACGUGGAACACAGAAAGACGCUGUUUCUUAAAUGCAGAGGCCGCUGAAAGUUUGCAGAACAAGAUCGCGCAGAAUCGUUACUGGCCCUUGGAAAUAAUGAGGACCCCAAUACAACAAGCCACGAAGACAAAAGGAAAACAGGGCUCGUUAGAAGAAGAUAUUCCCAUAUCAUUCCACGGAGUAGCUUAUGUUAACAUGGCGCCCUUACUCUACCCUGGGGUGAAAAGAAUAAGAGGAGCAUACCUUGUGAAGCCCUUCAUCGAGAAUGAAGUGUUUGAUAAAACCAAGCGCAAAGGUACACUGGCGGAAGAGGCUGCCAGAAUAGCCAGCGGAAUGAGCCGUACUCUCGCCUCAGCCAUGGCGCAGAAGGCCCCUCCACCCUCCAAACAAGGCAAAGCGGAUGCAAAAACAAAGCCAUCAGGUGCUGUUCUCAAACCGGACGUUUUAGCAGAAGGAGAGGGUAACGAGGCUAAAAAUCUUGAAGGACAGCAAUAUCUGGAGUCACGAACUUUUAUCACCUUGGAAUUUGUCCUCGACAAGCCGCUUGUUCCAAAACGGCCGCCGUCUUCGCUUGCAAGAAAAGUUGCAGAAUAUAUUCCUCCACGUCCAGUUUUUGCCCGGAAAACAGGAGGCUCCAAAAAGGCUGUGGAAGAUUUCCACGGUCAGUUGACCACUGUUGCAAAUUCCCUGCUCGAGGAAUUCAGGCAAAUGUACGGCGAUGAUUUGUUGAAGGGAAGUCUACCGCAGUCAAAUGAUGCCAUGGACCAGAGGAGGCAGAAGUUUCUGUACGAACUAAAUACAUCCGGAAAAUAUUUCGCUUUUAAAGAACAGUUAAAGAAUAGUGUCAUAAAGAUCGUGCGAGAGAAGUAUUUAAACACCACAGCUUUUACAGACAAGGAAAAACUACAAGCAUUCCUCAGCGAGUUGUAUGUGUUUUUAAUUGACCAGAUGCACGUGGCUCUCAACAAGUUCCUCACAGCAGAAGAAGCCCCAGAGGAACCACCGCCCGUCACGGACUCCGCCACUCUGAAACACUUCGCGAGAGAGGCUGAGGUGAACCAGAACUUUGAACUAGCAGCGAAAUAUUAUCAAGAGCGUUUGUCUCGUAACAAGAAUGAUCCUGAUCACUGGUUUGAUUAUGGAGCGUUUUGCUUGCUCAUUGGCGACUUUGGGAAGGCUGAGGAGUGUUUCAAGGAGACAGUAGCUAUUGCGCAGAAACACGUACCAGGUCUUCUGAUGCAUGGCUGCAUGUCUCUGAUGAAUGAGAAGUACGAAGAAGCCGAGACUUUCCUUGAAGCGGCAACAUGUGCUGAGAGCAAGAACGUCAUUGCAUGGACCAUGCUGGGUUUGUACUAUGACAGCAUUCAAAACGACAUCGGAGCUGAGCGUGCGUUUCUAGAAGCCAACCGCUUAAAUGCGGCAACGUCGUCUUCUUCUGAACUGAUAGCCCCAGUAGAUGGACCGGCCGAGGUUGAAGAUUCUGUUUCGGAGACUAUUGCCGACGAACCUGCUGGAGAAGGGGCUCCUGGAACUGCUGUGUCUGAGGACCAGAAACUGCCUGAGGUCCAUGUUGAUGAUGUACUACGUGAGGAGCCUGGGUCAGCGAGUGGAGAAACCACCGCCCAACCUUCCGCCCCGCCAACUGCAGCCCUUCCCCCAUCUGUAGUGAUCAGUUCUGCAACGCCUGUUGGGAAGCUUGGAGUGAAACCUCAGACCCAGUCUACGACACAAAUGACAUCCAAACAGAGUUCGCGUGUUCCAAGUCCUGCCGGCUCAAACCGCCAAUCACCUCCUCCGACGGAAACUGACCCUGUAGCGCCUGCAGAGGAGAAGUCAGCGGAGGUCAAGCCGAAUGAUAGUAUUUUCUUACAAGUUGCUGAUUUCUUGCUGGAAGUAAAUGCUCUACAGCUUACGGACGCGGCAUUGGCGCACGAGUUGGUGGCAGCCAACGGAGAGCCUGGAGCGAGAUACUAUGUGCUUCUUGGGAGGCUGAAGAUACAACAGAAAUCUUUCAUCGGGGCUGAGGAGAAUCUUAAACAAGCUGUCAUGUUGAAGCAUCAGAACCCAGAUGCUUGGGGCUUGAUGGGACACCUCUAUUAUUUGACAAGCCGCACUGAGGAAGCUCAGGACUGCUACGAGAGAACACUGGCCUAUACAACCGAAGCCUCAGACAUGCACGCCAUCUAUUUGAGACUUGCCUCGAUUUACUUGGAGAAAGGAGAGUUUGAUAAAGCGAAGACAACCUUCUUGAAAGCCUGCAUUCGCUCGCCUUCCUGUGUUUCGUGGCUUGGAGUUGGAAUUGCGUGUUACAGGCUGGAAGAUUUGGCCGAAGCCGAAGACGCUCUUUCUGAAGCAAAUAUAUUAAACAACAAAGACGCCGAAGUAUGGGCUUAUCUGUCCUUGGUGUGUUUACAGACCGGUCGACAGCUGGAAGCCGAGCAGUCGUACAAGUACGCUCUGAAGUUAAAUCUACAAGACAAAAACCUGCUAGAAGAAAUUCAUCAAUUGCAACAAAAAGUCGGCUUUGGAAAUCCGAUGGUGGCCUAGAAUUUUUUUCAGUGCAGUUAGUUUGUUCCAUUUUCUGUACCAUUGACAUCUCCAUCGAAUGUUCUUUUCAAAAAAAAUAGUGGAAUGCGCAUAGCUUGUUGUUUUUAUGUACACACUUCCUUGUUUUGUUUGGCCUUUAUUUAUUUGUUUGUUUUUAUGAUUAUUGUAAAAUGGAGCGAGAGAUGUUAUGAUUUGUAAUCUCUCUUUUUCCAGAGUAAGUGGUUUGUACAGUUAACUCUGCGCUCUUUGCGCCAUUCUAAACGGUAACUUUUUAAAGUCGUGCAUGUGUCCUCCCAGCCUCGUGCAUGUGUGGUGCAUUUUAAGGGAUGUCAUUUAUUAAUAUCGUGUUAGAUCUCAAAUCUCGACUUGAAAGUGGUGUAAAAAUCCGUCUGAAACGUCUUCAAAAUAUGAAUGUAUGUGCUCAGUUCCAUUUUAUUUUUGUAUGAAGAUUUACUUCAAAACUAGAAUUCUGAGUGAGGAUUUUGAAGGCAGUUUAUUCUCUAUAGGCGUUUAUAACAUAGCGCGUAAAUUUGUCUAAUCAAAUUCAAUUGCCCGAGCGUGCUUCAUAUUCCUAUUGUGCACGCUCAUGACGUCAGCAAACAAAUCCCUCGCGAAAAAAAAUUUUCCAUUGGGUUAAAAAUGUUAUAAAACAAUUGGUUCAUACAUCAGCUGUGCGAUCAUCGAGAUAUGAAGCACUUGGGAAGUUUGGAGAGCACUCAAGAAGCUAGAGUUGCUCUCGGCUACACCUCGAGCGACUCUUACGCAUCUUUCGUGCUCUCCAAACUUUCCGCGUGCUUCAUAUCUCGAUGAACGCACGCUGACGUAUGAACCAACUGUUAAUUAACGCGAAAGGAUAGUGGAAGUAUUUACAUCAGAGAUACCAGUUCGCCACCGUGAAAAUUAAGUAAUCGCUGGUGACGAUGGAAAUCUUGAUUGAACUGAAGUACAGUUUCAGGGCAAAAAGCUUCCUUCUCCAAAGAGUGAAUUUAAAACAUAAAAUCCUCCAUUCAGUCAAGAAUACGGCUUAUGCUGAAUUCUAAGAUUCUGAACACUGCACCGCCACAUCAUAUUGUCUUUUCUCAGCCGCCUUUCAUCUUUAAGGCAUAGGAGGUUGUUGGAGGGAAAAGAAAAUCGACACUAAUGCAAUCCAAUUUGAAAGCCUUCUAAGCCACUCCUUAAUUGAUGAUGUAGCACAACAAUUAAUCCCUUGUUAAAGAAAGAGUCUUUCAAUAGAAAGUUUCCAGAAAAAAAGCAUCCUGAUGACACCUAUUGUAGUCUCACGUGAGUAACUUUGAGACGCGGUUUAGAGGAACAGCAUCGGUUGUUUGACGCCAGCUCGGCUCAUUAGGUUCAUAAUUAAAACAUUGUAACAUUAUGGUAUACAAACAUGCACUUACGCCAAAUAACUUUGAGCUUGCACAAUGACACAUUCGAUCUGUCAUACGCUUAAAUUAAGGCAAUAACUGACAAAAGAUAAUCGAGUGAAACCACCCGUUACUAAGAUACCUAAAAGUUUUUACUUUGAAAAUCAUGUACUUUUUCUUCCAUCCAAUGUAUUUCUUUACUUCACCUUUACACCACACUACUAUUAGCUUCCACAAACACAUCCGGUGUAACAAUGGAUGGUAAUUUGAUCCACUCCGCACUGAUUCACGAGAGGGCUUUGGCUCUUUCUAGAAUUUUUACAUUCACGCAAAUUAUUCUAUCAAUAGUAUAACUACAGAACAGUUUAAAAUAAAAUUUGCUCUGAGCAAACUUACAACCUUAACGAUA